UUACAACAAGCUGUCAGGUCGCACAGGAGUUUCUACGCAUAUCAAAACAUCUGAAUUAUAGUAACAAGAGUUUGGUAACGACGAAAGAAAUUGACCCUCGGAGGGUGCCCGAUUCUAGCAAGUUACUCGACCGCGAGAACACCGGAGGUGGAGCUAGAAGAAAGGUGCGAGUGGAAAUUAUAAAAGAGCGAUCGACGGUCAAGAGGAGACAGUCUCCUCCAAGUGUUCACCUGUGCGACAGCGAUCCUGAAUUUCAGCCAAUCGCUAGCCGCUCGAAUCGCCGAAAUUUCAACUCGUUUGUCGCUUAUACCCCGAGCCGAGCAACAGCCGACCAAAAUGGGAGCGAUAGAGUGGGUAACCGAAGAAGACAACUACGAAUGCCCUCUUUCGCAAGAAACACAGCAAAUGGCGAAGGAUGAGCUCAGAGAGGACAAGAAUACCCGGGACCAAGCCCUCGAGCAGAUACGUAAUUGGAUCAAAAUGAAUCCGCGAAUCGAAAACAGCCGUCUUGAUGCGCAAUUCGUAUUAAGGUUUCUGAGAUGCAAAAAGUUCAACGUACCAAUGGCGGAAGAAGCUAUCGAGAGAUACCUGCUGCUUCGGCAAGUGUAUCAUCCGGCUUUCAAUCAUUUGGACGCCACGGAACAAACGAUGGAGGAACUUCUGUCUUUGGGGUACCUGUUCGCUGCACCUGGCCGCGACGCGAAAGGCCGACGCGUUGUAAUCGCUAGACCAGGUGUAUUCGAUCCCCACAAGUACACGAACGCCGACAUGUGCAGAAUUCAUGCAAUCACUUACGAGACGUUGAUGGAGGACGAGGAAAGUCAAGUGCGGGGCUUCGUUCAUUUCGCCGACGGAGCCGGCGUCAGUUUCCCGCACCUGACGCUUUUCACUCCGAAAGAGGCUGUUCGUAUCGUCAAGAACGGCGAGCGAACUAUACCGAUGCGACACAAAGAGGUCCACGCCAUUAAUACGCAUCCCUCUGUGAAAUUUGCUCUUGACUUUGGUCUGACAUUGAUCUCCGAUAAGAUCCGCAAACGGGUUAAAAUUUACACCAGCCUCGAAGAGGCCGUUAAUCAGAAAAUGGAUACCAGCUUGCUGCCGAAAGAAUAUGGUGGCACCAUGCCAAUGAAAGAGAUGAUCGCUCUUUGGAGGAAAGAGCUGCUUGACAUGAGACCGACGCUGUUGAGUCACGACAAGAUGAGAGUACGGUUGGAGUUGUACUCUGAAAAGGCUCGAGAAGGUGCAGUGUCAGCUUUGAAGCAAGGCUUCGGGUGCAUGGACAUCAGCUCCAGCGAUUCCACCAUGUACGGCAUCACUGGCUCCUUCAGAAAGCUCGAAGUGGACUGAUGGAAGGAAUCUAUCGAUAAGAAACACUACCAUGACCGUGUUAAUCGUAUUUACUUUGUCUGGGGGAUUUCUAUUUCAAGCAUUUAUACAAUGUUGAAUGUACGAUCUCGGUCGACGCAAUUGCUUAUCAGCGCGCUCGACAAAUUGUUAAUUCUUAAUUAAGCCCUGUUUGGAGCAAAUCGUAGAGGUAAAUUAGGUUUACGAGUAAGCUAAUGUUUAUAAGUUACACCAAAAUUAUAUUGUAGCACUCGAUCGGUUGUAAAUAGAGAAUAAAUGCACAGUUUUUUACAUCCAUCUCACUCUUUCCUUCUUUCGACGGCGAAUUA